AUGUCAACAAAACAAGAUAAAAGUCUGAUGAUGCAUGUGCGAAAGGGCAUCUUCGCAAAGUACGAGAAAUCUUUCAAAAGGACUCGGAUAUCGCCAACGGGCUGGAUCAAUGUAAUUGGUUUCUUGGGCUACACUCCACUACACGAAGCUGCGUGUCAGUGUCAUGAUGAUAUCUUACAACUGUUGCUUAUCUAUGUUGGAUGCGAUGGUCAUGCGACAAUGGGAUUUAUACACCAUUGGCAUAGCAUAUUGCUGCGUCCAUGGAUUAUGUGA